AUGGGGUUUGUGUGGUUUAAUGCUGUGAGAUAUCCGUUCGUUCGAACAACGUUGGGACGCUUUGAUGAUGGUGGUGAAUGUUCAAUGUUGACAGCGGGUGUAGCGAACUUCUACCGUGCUCUGCAAGGCUUCGUCGUCCAAGUACACGAGGCAAAGAAUACUCGCAGUGUGUCGAGAACGGGGCAUUUAAUAGAGCAUCAACACCAUCUUCGCCGAGUGGACGAACCUAUUUUGACCGUCGUUCUAGCGUAUAAUAAUGAUAUCUUUCGGUUUAAUCAGGUUGCACAGAAUAUCUUAAUCCCGCUCUUGAGGCUUGUCGACGAGUUUUAUGCUCGAUACAGCCCACUGCCUUUUUUGUCAUCAUUCACGGAAGAGAUACGCACUCGACGUCUGGCUAGGCACUGCGACGUUUCUCUUCCUUUGUAUGGACCGGUCGCUAUUUCACUGCCUAACACGCAGUUGGAACCACCACCGCCUUCUCAUAAUCCUAAUGCGAAGCUACCUCCAGAUUUCCGUCAAAGGCAGAACAAGCAAAUACGUCUCAGCCAUCUUUUUUACAAUUUCCGGCUUCUCGCCUUUAUUCGGAUUCUCCCCCCGCUUCCAAAGAGGCGUACUACGGUCCGUGCAAAUACGAGCGUACCAAGUCUGUGA